AUAGCUGGCGCGCGGCGCCGACCCAGACUUCAGAAUUCUUGUUGUGUCAUUGACUCAUUGUGUGUUAUUCUUUCCCUUAUUACGGUCGGUGCUUUUGUAUUUAUUCCUCGUGAUGUUUAGUGAAAAGAUUUAUGAGUAGAUUUACACGAGGUCUAUCAAUUUCUGAUUUCCAGUCUCCUGCGGCAGCCGGCAAGCCUGCACGGACGAUUACGACGAUGAAUCCCAUGUUUGGAAAUCCGACGACUUCAAUUAAAACCUACAAGAAAUUCAUCGGCAAUGUGUCUAUUCUUCUGAAAUGGAAACGAAGUGUUUACAAAUUAUUAUGGAAGCACAUGGUGAUCUACGCAAUAGUAUACAUAUGGCUGAGCAUUCUCUACGGAUUCAUCCUCGACGAAUAUGGAAAAAUGAAUUUCAGGGUCCUUGCCGAACAUUGUUCCCGAUACAGCGGUAGUAUUAACCUUAUGGUAUUGCUUGGCUUCUUUACAUCAACAGCCAUGCAACGAUUAUACUCGAUGCAAACACCCGAAACAGACCAAUCAAUUACCGUAUUCAUAUUUUCACUGAAGCCAGAUCUACCUGAAGGGCCUGUGAUUAUCGAUCUAUUUGUACGAUGGCAAUUGCUUGCUUUGUUAUUUUCAUUUUGUCUGGUGUCUCAUCCUAUACGAAAAAUCUAUCCAAAUCUUUCGUCCUUACAAACUGCAGGAUUACUAACUCAAGACGAAAGGCAGAUCAUAGAAGACUCUCUUUUGACUAACAAGAACACGUCCUGCGAUCUCAUUGUUAUCGAUUGGAUUUUGUUGCUUUUGAAGGAAACGUUCAUGAAAAAACGAUUUUUCAGCGAAGGUAACUACUUAAAGAACGUGGACGCAAUUACUGCGUUCAAAAAGAGCUGUAAGAACAUGACAAAAUUUUCAGCGCAAAACCUCUCUCCAGCUCUGGUUCAGGCGGUUACUCUAGCAGUAUACUGUUUUGGCUGUGUUACUAUCAUGGCUCGAACUUUUGCCAAAGAAGAAGCACCAGUUGCUAUCGCUAUGAUUGCCUACAUUCCAGUACUGCCGGCUAUGCAGUUUUUUAUUUACUUUGCCUGGCUCUGUUUUGGAAAAGCUGCGCUGGAUCCAUUUGGAGAAGAUGAGGACGAUAUCAAUGUUAAGCAUCUUGCACAGUCACACGUGGAGAAUUCCACAAGGUUGAAAUUACUCUACAAUUUACAUUUGGCGAAUGUGUUUCCUGACUUGCCUCAGAAGUACUACGAAUCGGUUCCGCUGUAAAAACACUUCGACGAUUGCUGUAUUUUAAUCAAUUUCUUUCCACCGCACAAAUCGAAGAGAUCAGAAAUGUCAAAUGUGUACCAAAUAAAAUUAGUAUUCCAAAUUUGAAUGUCAGAUGUGUCCGAAGAUUCCUAUCGACACAGUUGUUUAAAUUGCGUGCUCUUUUGGUAAAUAUAUCAGAUCCAACAACUUAA